AUGAAUGCCAUUCGUGCACUACUGGUUGCAGAAACAGAGACGUGUAAAGCAGAAAUGCUGUCUCGUGCAGAUCUAGAAAAUCAGAGCUAUCUGUUUCGUGCAGCCAUGUCGGAAUUGCUCUCUGAGAUCAAGAUCCUGCGACGCAAUGAAGCGAUGCAACUACGACUUGAUUUGCUCACCUUGCAGCGCAAGCUAGAGCUGCUUGAUCAACAGAUGCGCGAAGAUUUACAAACGAUGCGGACAGAGGUGGAGAUGGAUGUUGAGAUGCGCAGGUCGCAGACACGCUCAGAUGCAAAGGAUAUUGAGCUACGGAUACAAGAACUAGACAACAAGUUCACCGUCAAGUUGGGUGACUUGCGAACAGCCAUGGAACGGUAUAAAUGGGACUCGACACGGCGCUUACUA